AUGCCUGUAAUGAAGGGAUUGCUCGCGCCUCAGAACACAUUUCUGGAUACUAUAGCGACGCGUUUUGACGGCACACACAGCAAUUUCAUCCUGGCCAACGCACAGGUCUCAAAGGGAUUUCCUAUCGUGUACUGCUCUGAUGGUUUCUGUGAGCUCACUGGCUUUGCACGCAGUGAAGUCAUGCAACAGAGCUGUGCUUGCAAGUUCCUGUAUGGACUGGAAACGAGUGAGAAUCUUAUCCUGCACAUGGAUUCUGCACUUGAGGAACGAAGUGAGCUGAAAGAAGAAAUAAUAUUCUACAAAAAGACAGGUUGUGUGUUCUGGUGUCUGCUGGACAUUGUACCCAUUAAGAAUGAGAAAGGAGAUGUUGUUCUAUUUCUAGCUUCAUUCAAAGACAUUACAGACACCAAGGCCAAAGCUAUUUUUGAAGAGAAGAAGGAAGAGUGCCAUCGUGGGCGGGUCAGGGGCAGGGUCAGGGGCAGAUCUCAAUUUGGCUCUGCCCACCUGCGUGCUGGCACUGUCCUCUACCACAUCUCAGGACACCUCCACAACAGACAGAAGCAGAGUAAAAUCAAACUCAACAAGAAUGUGUUUGGUGAUACACCUGCACUGCCAGAGUACAAAGUUGCAGAUGCCAAAAAGUCGAAGUUCAUCCUCCUCCACUUCAGCACAUUCAAGGCUGGCUGGGAUUGGUUAAUCCUGUUGGCUACAUUCUACGUAGCCAUCACUGUGCCAUACAACGUCUGCUUUAUUGGUGAUGAGGACCUGACACGCAGCACAACUGUCAGUGACAUUGCUGUGGAGAUCCUCUUCAUCAUUGACAUCGUGUUCAGCUUCCGCACCACAUAUGUGAGCAAGUCGGGCCAGGUGAUCUUUGAUGCACGCCAAAUCUGCAUUCACUACAUGACCACCUGGUUCAUCAUUGACCUGGUGGCUGCACUGCCCUUUGACCUCCUCUAUGCCUUUAAUGUCAGUGUGGUGUCGGUGGUGCACCUGUUAAAGACUGUGCGUUUGCUCCGCCUACUCCGCCUGCUGCAGAAGAUGGACCGCUACUCCCAGCACAGCACAGUCGUGCUCACCCUGCUUAUGUCCAUGUUUGCCCUACUGGCACACUGGAUGGCCUGUAUCUGGUACAUCAUUGGCAAGAAGGAGAUGGACCACAAUGCACACACCUCCUGGGAUAUAGGCUGGCUACAUGAGCUGGGUAAGCGUCUGGAGUCCCCGUACGGCGGAGUGGCCAAUGGCUCGGCUGUCGGUGGCGGCCCGUCUCUGCGAAGUGUCUACAUCGCCUCCCUCUACUUCACCCUCAGCAGCCUCACCAGUGUUGGCUUUGGUAAUGUUUCUGCCAACACAGAUGCCGAGAAGAUCUUCUCCAUCUGCACCAUGCUCAUUGGAGCCCUCAUGCACGCUCUAGUUUUUGGCAACGUGACGGCCAUCAUUCAGCGCAUGUACUCUCGCUGGUCAUCAUACCACACACGCACUAAAGACCUGAAGGACUUCAUCAGAGUGCACCACCUUCCCCAGGCCCUGAAGCAGCGCAUGCUGGAGUACUUCCAGACUACCUGGUCAGUCAACAAUGGCAUCGACUCCAAUGAGCUCUUGAAAGACUUUCCUGAUGAGUUGCGCUCAGACAUUGCAAUGCACCUGAAUAAGGAGAUUCUGGAGCUGGCAGUGUUCUCGUCUCUAAGCCGGGGCUGCCUGCGCUCGCUGUCAUUGCACAUCAAGACCUCGUUCUGUGCCCCAGGAGAGUACCUGCUGCGGCAGGGCGAUGCCCUCCAGGCCCUGUUCUUUGUCUGCUCUGGCUCCAUGGAGGUGCUCAAAGAUGGCAUGGUGCUCGCUAUUCUCGGUAAAGGAGACUUGAUUGGGGCCAACUUGUCUGUGGAGAACCGGGUGAUAAAGACCAAUGCAGACGUGAAAGCUCUGACAUACUGUGACCUGCAGUGCAUUAAUCUAAGGGGACUGUAUGAGGUGCUGGACCUGUACCCUGAGUACUCCCACCGCUUUGUCCAAGACAUCACCCAUGACCUCACCUACAACCUGAGGGAGGGGCAGGAGAGCCAUGUAAUAUCCAGGUUAUCCUGCAAGUCCUUGGACACACAGAGACAUGAACAUGACUGUGCACCUGUGCUCCACUGGAGAGACAUGCACAUGACUAUGCCAGCAGAGGCCUUGGAUCACCCUCACCUCAAACUGAUGGCCUUGAUUGCUGUGUACAGCUUCUGGGAUACCAUGGAACAGUGGAUCAUGAGGCAGUGGAUGGCGAGGCAGUGCAUCUACAUUCAGGUGAUGAAAACCAUCUUUGUGAACAAUAACCUAGUCAAAUGGGUCCAGCUUCCUCACCCAUCGACCUCAUCAUCCCAUCAAGUCAUUACCAAUGUCUGCGCACUGAAGACUCAACACAGGAGGUUAACGGAUGCACUGGUUCAUGUUGUUGAGCAUACUGUCAGUGGCUGCUUCUAUUUGAGGAUGCAUGAGCUGGAGAACGGCCUUUCUGAGCUUCCUGAACCUCCCCAGACUAGUAUCCUGGCCUGCCACAGGUACAGCUACAUUGGGAAUGAGAAGAUGGAAGGGAGGGGCAAUGGAGGGAUGAUCCGGUGCUGUCCACCAAUAGCAGAGCAGCAGCAGAAGGAAGCAGAGAAUCAGGUACUGUACCUGAGAGCUGUGGAUGACACAAGUAACUCCAAACAAUCACUCGUACAGGGGAGUGCUCAACGAAAUGAAAAGAAGCUUCACAUUCGGCAAUCUGCAGUUUCCAAACCUGAUCCCUCUAAUCUCAGUCCAAGGGUUGUUGAUGGUACAGAAGCUAGUGAAGGCACAGAGAGGAUGUUUGCAUUUCCAUUCUCUCCUCAUCACCAGAACAUUGCCAGACACCCAACCAACAUGACUACUAGCAAGCCAGAUAUCCUACAGAUCAGUACUGCAGAGUUAGCGGCUAAAUCUGAAGAGACCAGAGGACAUCUGCGCCACUUAGACCAAGAGGUGAGCACCCUUGGACAGGAAGUAGCUGAGCUAGGCCGGGUAAUGCGAAGUCUGGCCUUCCUCAUGGAGACCUUGAUGGCCUCAUCACAAACACCUGGCAUCUGCACUCCAGGACACUCACCACCCUCCAACUCUGCUGAAGGCCAGGCCACACCCUGGAUCAAUCCCUCCAACUCUGCUGAUGGCCAGGCCACAGCUUGGAUCAAUUCCUGCAACUCUGCUGAAGGCCAUGCCACACCCUGGAUCAAUCUCUUCAAUUCUGCUGAGGGCCAGGCCAUACCCUGGAUCAAUCCCUGCAACUCUGGUAAAGGCCAGGCCACACCCUGGAUCAAUCUUUCAAACUCUGCUGAGAGACAGACCACACCCUGGAUCAAUCCCCUGCCUUCACAGAUGAAAACUGGUAUAUAUUCUGGAUUUGUCACUUACAGACCUCUCAAUGAGACAUUUCCCACCCCAAUCACCCCUUACUCAAAGAACCCGGUCGCAGAGCCUGGAAACCCCACUCCCACACCACCAAUCAUCACAACCCACUCAUGGAAAUCUACCCCAUGA